AGCAAAGUGUGGGGAUGGGAGGACCUGGUGUCUCCCUAGUUGCGCUGGGCUUCCUGCUCGGCGUCGCUCUGCUGCAGAUUAAUGCGAAAUCUACCUCCAUUCAUGACGCGAACGUGUUACGCCACGUGGCUUCCAAACGCUCUCGCCCGGUUGCGUUUUCUCCCAAAGAAAACGUAGCUCACGAUGAGGGGUCACUGCACAGAAUCGUAAGGGCCUCCGGUGAUGAUGCUACGAGCCCUGCCAAGAGGAAAAAACAAGGCGAGGAAGAGCCGGUUAAGGAUGGGGAAAUAGAGAAGAAGAGAAAGAGGCAACAUAGCACAGAUGCCCAGCAGGAGGGCAGACCGGCCGGGAAGCCAAGGGACCCGAAGAGAAACCAGGAAGGAGGCGGCCAGUCAGAUAGAGGCCCCCCAAAAAUGAAGAAAGGCGACAAACGGACCAAAAAACAAGAGGAGGAGACAGAGAAUGGUAAACGUCCUUCAAAGGGCCCCCAAAAAAUGAAGAAAGGCGACAAACGAACUAAAAAGCAAGAGGAGGAGACAGAGAAUGGUAAACGGCCUGCCAAGGAUUCCAAAAAAAAACUGAAAAAAGAGAAGAAAGACGGCGACCGAAACAAAGAAAACGGAAACGGAAACAGAAAUAAUAAGAAAACGAAUCAACAGACAAAGCCCGGCAACGGAAACGAGAAGAAGAACGGAAAUUCGCCACGAAAGGAUAGGAAAAAGAUGUCCAAAAAAGGGCCUAAGGGAAUGAAGAAGGGGAAUGGCAAGGACACGAAUGAAGACAAACCAAGGAAACCAGGUCAGAAACCAACUAAGCAAGGUCAGAAACCAAGGAAACCAGGUCAGAAACCAAGGAAACCAGGUCAGAAACCAAGGAAACAAGGUCAGAAACCAAGGAAACCAGGUCAGAAACCAAUGAAAAAAAGUCAGAAACCCACCGUACGAAACAAAGGCGAUGGCGAAAUAAGACAGGAUUCGUGCAAAGAAAGGAAAAAGUGUACUAAAGCAGGUGGUAAAUGUCAGACUGAAGAGUGCGUGAAUUCGGUCAUAAAUGGGUGUGGAAAGAGGUCUGGCUGUACAUGCUGUCUUGAAGAUAAUAAAUGCUUAGACGCUUAUGCCAAAGAACUAUGUACAAGGAAAGGAGGAAAAGCUGUAUUAAUUGAGGAAUGCGAUGGACGAAGCAAAGAGAACUUGGCAUAUGGCAGCCAGUGUACAUGCUGUAUUCCUUGCGAAGCCAAGAAGAGCUGUACACGAAGGGGAGGAGAAUGCAAAAAGGAAUGCAAAACAGGCGAAGUUAACGGAGGAAAGUGCAAAGGCAAGGAUUGCAAAUGCUGCUUGAAGAAAUCAGAUAACAAGUGUACGGAGAGUGAUGGAAAGCCGAAGUGUGCAAAAAAAGGAGGGACCAUUACCAGCGUCGAGGACUGCAAAACGACCCAGAGAAGCAAAUGGUCCCUCGACCCAGCGUGCACGUGUUGUCUGUCGUGCAAAACCUCCAAAGGCUGCUCGAAGAAGGGUGGCGUCUGUGCUUCGAAGUGCAACAAUGGGGCCAUACCCAAAGGCAAAUGCCCAGGGGGUGACUGCCAGUGCUGCGCCCAAGAUGAUGGCUGCUCAUCCAGUUAUGCAAAGAAAAAAUGCAAUUCCAAGGGAGGUACUAUUACGGACAAGAACAGCUGCUCUUCCAUAAGUAAAGACAAAUGGUCAUGGAAUCCCUCGUGUACUUGCUGCCUGCCUUGCGCCGAAACAAAAGGCUGCACAGACAAGGGGGGAGUCUGCGCUGCGACCUGUGCGAACGGAGAAGUGCCAAAUGCCAAAUGCAAGGGCAGUGGCUGCAAGUGUUGUGCUACAGACACCGAUCCAACCGCGCCUCCUGACCCAACUCUUAAGGAAUCCGUUGACGACCUUGUGGACGAGCUGGAGGGACUGGCUAAUGACGCGGCCGGCGGUGGCGGGCGUCACAAGCGGGCGGACCCGGGGCCUUCGCGAGCCAAGCGUCAAGCGGUAUUCUUCACGUUUAUUAUCAAGAUACUGAGGAGAAUCGGGGAAUGGCUGAUUGACAUUACCCGGCUUACGGUCGCCAACAUUCCAGAGAUCCAGGGAAUGAUAGUAGAAAUUAAAACGUUAAGGGUACAAGUCGUUCAACAAGAAGUCGUACUCACUUCCAGCCAGAUAUCUGAAGUCAAAAAGACUACGAAGUUAGGAGUCACCCUACGCGGAGAAAUCGUGCAACAAGAGGCGGCAGCGGCGAAGGAAGCUAAACUCCAGGAGACAAAGACCGUAGUUUCACAAAUUCAAACGAGUAUAACAUCAAUAUCUUCACAAUUAUCGAGUAUCGCAAGUGGAAGCGGAGGAGCUGGUGCUGGCAGUGCCGACGGAAUUGCAGCUCUCGCAGCUAUAAAGGAGAUUAUGGCCAGCUUCACAGCAUCAGGUGUAGUAGCCAUGACGACGGAAAAGGUAGAGCAACUCAGUAAGCUACAGGCCACUUUAGAAAGUGCUCAAAGUGAUUUCAGUGCUACAGAAAUUGAGGAAGUAAGUGCAACACUGACAGCCGUUGCUGAAGCAGAAACUGCGGUAAAUGCCGCGUCAGAGGCAAUCGUAGCUAAAGAGGCUGCGCAAAAGGAAAUAGGUCUGUUGGAACAACUUUUGACAGCAACAACAGUUAUCGAACAAAGUGUCACAGAUCUUUUCGUCGCAAUGGCGUCGGUGACAUCAACUGAAAUAAUCGAAACGACUGCUAUAACCGAAAUGAUAACUCUGAUCCAAAACUUCCAAGUGCAGGCCUUUACAGAGGAAGAUGUUUCGGCCAUCAAGUCGUUCGAGGGUAAAGCUGUCGAACUUAUUGAGCAACUUGAAGCUGGUACGGGGGUAUUGGUUGGUCUCGACACCCUUCAAACGGCAGUUGGUGAGUUAUCCUUAACAGCAUCUACUGCACUCGAAGAAAUGACAUCUAAUCAAGCAAUAAACGAGAAUGUUGAGAUCCUUUCUAACGUGGAAACGCUUGUGGAAACGAUAAUCGAGAAAACGGAAAUAUUAAAGGAGUCAACCACGGGAACUGACACAGCUGGAGAAGAGACAAUAUUACUUAUUAUAGAAUUCCUAAAGUCUUUCAGUAUUGCUAGUGUGACUGUGGAAACGGAAACUCAACUGACUGAAUUUGUAACUAGCAUGACAAGCUUGGUGGAAGAAGGUACAGGUGCUUUAGCAGUUUGGAUGCAUUAUUAUUGGAAUCUAACAAAGUAA